CCCUAAUUUUGCAACUAUGGGUGAAUGAAAAACAAAAUUUAAACAAAACAAAGCGAAAAGUUAUAAAGUAGAAAAGUUAAAAAGUUCGUUGUCUCUUUAAUAAAAAAAAUAUGCCAUCCAUAUACGCUGGACUCCAUUUGCCAAACAAGCCCGAUGAAUUUCUAACAUUGGAACAAAUCGACUUCGAAAAAAAUGUACUGCAUCUCAAGAAUAUAAUAUCCGAAAAAUGCCAAUACGAAGCAGGCUCCAUUGAACUUAUUUACGAUGGUUUGCCCUUGACAGAUGAGGAUCAACUGAAGCAGACCCUAAAGCCUGAAGCUGUGGUACAUUGUUUCCAAAAGACAAAGAAAUAUAUACCCUAUGUGCCAGCUAAGAAUGUUAAAGACAAGGAGGCUGUGGACAACGCAGUUUCGCUUUUCUAUACUAUUGGCAAUAUACAGAUAAAUGUCAGCUGCCGAGUGAAUAUAUUACAAAAGGUCUUGGCUGAGUAUCCAGAAUUUCGUAGAAAUACAGCAGCCUUAGCUUUGAUUAGGGAUUCGGUGCUUUUUAACACUCUACAUCAGCCGGAAGUGAUUAAAAAAGUUGCCGAACAUUAUCCCCUGAUUAUAGAAGCUGCUAGUUUUAUUGUCAGCACUGUGCGCAAGGAGUUGGCCAGGAGUGGUUCAUGUUCCAAAUUCUCAGAGCCAGCCACCGAUUCCACAAAUUCUUCGGAAGAAGAAAAUUCUGUGGGCAGCAAUGAGCGCAGUAGUCGGGAUGAAGAGACUGGCAGAAAUCAAUCUGAAAAUGCCCGCAUACGCAUGAUAAGUCGUCAACAAUUACAAGCAGCCUUGGCGCAAAUUGGUGUUGGUUCUGCCAACUCUCUCUCCAAUAUAGCUCAGAGAAAUACAGAAACUUCCGGAGGUGCCUCCGCCUCGGAGGCUACCUCAACGCCUAUUUCGAGUUCAACCAGCGGCGAACGCAUUUCCUCUGAUGUAUUUCGCAAUGAAUUGCAACGUGUCUGGGAUAGACUGGAUAAUAGCUCUGCCGGUGGCGGCAGUGCUCAUCAAGAUUCCAUGGCUAUGGACACUUUAGAGCAGCAAUCCGCCAAUACAUCGGUAACAGACGAUGGGGAUAUACCCUUUGCCUAUCGUAAUCAUGAAUAUGCCGAACAAUUGAGGACCAUGCAACAAAUGGGCUUUUUGAACCAUGAGGAGAAUUUGAAUUUCUUGAAUUUGGCCAGUGGCAACAUUGAACAAGCUGUAAAUCUAUUGAUGGCCGCUAUGAUGUAAUUUGGAGACAACAAAACUUCAUGCAUAUUUUUGAUUUUGACUGAAAACUUUUUAUAUUCAAUUCAAUGGAAUUGUAUUGAACGACAUCAAUAAAUUAACAGAAAACUUUCGACAAA